AUGUGCGAAGCCGCUUCUGACUCAUGCCCAGCGAACCUUACUCGCUUCUACGUACUCGCCAGUUCCCUCGACGCCAGCCUUCCCUCGGACGCCUUACAACGAUACGCGCGGAGACGGGCGCUCGUGCGCAUCAGCGAAGGCCUAUCAGAGCAAACAGCUGCUCCACACGGUCGCCUCAUUCAACUGGUCAUCAGUACGCUCCUCACUACCUUUGGGUCACCCGCCACUAGAAUCGACCGGAGACCAUCUAUAAGUGGGGUCGAAGGUGACAUCUAUGUGAUAGAGCUGGAGGACUCCACGGGUCCUCCCAGUCCGGGCAGUCAUGCUGUCACAGAUGCCUUGUGGCUGAGCAGAGUGCGGGCCGGUAUUGAGAGGGUGCAGGUUGCCGGCGGUGAUGCCCAGCUGCUCGGUGUUUGGUGA